UUGGAAAAAAGAGGAGAGAGUUGAAAUGAAGCUUCCCUCCUUAAAGCCUAUAAAAUCCUUCGUUGGGCUCCCGAAAUGAACAGAAGUCAGACAAGCCUUUUUAAGCGUCAAGUCCUUUUGGUCUACACAGAAGAAAAAUGACAACAGAGAGUGAUGAUGUUGUGGUGGUUAAUUUCUGGGGAAAUGGAUUUGGCAUGAGAGUGCGGAUAGCUUUAGAAGAGAAAGGGGUUACUAAAUAUGAGCACAAAGAAAUAGAUCUCACUGCUAUUCAAAGAAGCCAGCUGGUUCUGGAAAUGAACCCGGUUCGAAGAUCCGUGCCCAUCUUGAUCCAUCAAGGAAGACCCAUUUGCGAAUCUGUCAACAUACUUGAGUAUAUUGAUGAAAUGUGGAAGGGAGAUGGUGUUCCUAACUUGCUUCCUCAUGAUCCUAGUGAGAGAGCCUUUUCUAGGUUCUGGGUUCAUUUCAUUGACAACAAGCUUUUUAGCUCCCAAACAAAGUUCUUGAAGAGCAAGGGAGAAGCCAAAGAAGAAUGCAAGAAAGAGUUAAUAGCAGAGUUCAAGCAACUUGAAGAGGUUUUGGGAGACAAAUUGUACUUUGGAGGAGAUAAUUUUGGAUUUCUGGACAUAGCCUUCAUCCCCUUCUCUAGCAUGUUUUACGGGUACGAGACUCAUGGAAACUUCAAAUUUGAGGAAGAGUGCCCAAAACUAUCAGCUUGGGUGAUAAGAUGUGCAACAAGAGAAAGUGUGUCCAGUGUUCUUCCUGAUCCUUUAGAGAUGUAUGAAGUGCACAAAAGAUUCUAUCGGAUUGAGUAAACUGGAGUAGCCGUAGUCAAGAUGUGGUUCAGAUUGUUUCAUUUAUUGUUUUCUUUUCGAGUUUUGAGCCUUCAUUAGAGGCGGAGCUAAAAUUUCCAACAGUAGAGUCGUAUAUCUAGACCCUCAUUUGACAA